UCUUACUCAUUCACUUCAUAAAACAACUCGCUGCCGACGGACGCUUGCAGCAUCGGGCUCCGGCGAAGCGCCGGUAUAAAGAUAAUAUUAUGGCUCAAACAGUUUAUUAUUUAUUCAUUUUAUUGAUUAUAAAUUCAGUGUUGCAAACAACUGAAGGACAACAAUCGGAAAAAUAUUUUAGAGACGAUUAUACAUAUUUUGAAGACACUAAUAGCUUUUACAAAAUACACACGAUACCAAGAUCAUGGGAAAACGCAAAGAAAAGAUGUUUACUAGAAGGUGCAACUCUCUUCUUUCCUGAACUUAGUAUGGAGGCGGAUGUGGUUCUUGAUCAUUUAAAAAAAACGCAGCCAGCGUUUUCUAAAAUAUACAUCGGUAUAUCAUCGUAUCUAACAAAAGGAGUUUUCAUCACAGUAAAUGGAGAUGCAUUAAGAGACGUAUACAACGCGUGGGCUCCGGGUGAACCAAAUAAUUACAACGACGAAGAAGACUGCGUGGUAAUGCGCAAAGAUGGCAUGCUGAAUGACGUAAAAUGUGCCAACAAACUUCCAUUUAUUUGCAAAAAGACUAAAAUAGAAGUGGAUAGGAAAUGGAACGAAGAAUGCAACAGUCCAUAUUUGGAUUACAAAUAUAACGAAGAUUUGGGUAGAUGUUACAAGUUCCAUUUAUACCCGAGGAACUGGAAAGACGCGGUGGAGGCGUGCGACGCUGAGCAAGGGUACCUAGCCAUAAUCAACUCGGAGCUGGAGGCUGAACAUCUCGUCAACAUCACUGCUAAUGCACCCAAAGACAAAGUGAAGGGAACUUUCGUACGUGGAGCCGUGCAUUUAGGUUUUAUUUACGACAAAACUAUUGAUGACUGGAAGACAGUUAUGGGCGAGACAUUGGAGCAGGCGGGGUAUGCAGCGUGGGGCAACAACCAGCCCGACGGCGGAGGAAACGAAUGCUGCGGCUCUAUGUUCUACAACGGUCAACUUAACGACGUCAGCUGCGAAGCGCACAGAUGCUUCUUUAUAUGUGAAAGAGAAAACAGACUUCUGAGCUUAUUGAAUGACAAAUUCGGAAUCUAAAUAAAUCUUAAUUUAAAUGUAAAGUAAUGUACCGAUAGGAGUUUGUUAAAUUCUAUAAAGUUUAAACACAACAACUAUUUGUCGGUACCAUGUGUCGAAUUAUAUUAUAAAUUACACAGUUCCGCCAUUUGAAGCUGAGUUACACGAAGAUAACUUAUUAAAAAAUUGUUAUAAAAAAAUGUAUAAGUAAAAGUAUUUAGUAAGGAAAUAAAUGACCCCACUGAUGUUCGCAACUUCGUCAGCGUGUAAUAGAGCGAGCUGCUAUUA